GUUUAUUGGAUAUCCAUGUCAGCAGGAAAGUUUGCCAGCUUCUUUGUGGUUGGAAUCAUUGCAAAGCUGACGAAUUGUUUAUAGUUUCACAAUCCUUUGUUUCACAGCAAACCAAAGUUCUUUCUCCUCUUCUUCACUACCAAUUCUGCUUCCGAUUUUGGGUUUACUCCUGAGAAAGACAGUGAUGCUGCAGUGCAUAUUUCUCCUCUCAGAUGCCGGAGAGGUAGUGCUAGAGAAACAGCUUUCGGGGCACCGCGUCGAUCGCUCCAUUUGUGCCUGGUUCUGGGAACAAGCCGUUUCGCUUGGCGACUCCUUCAAGCAACAACCAGUGAUCACCUCUCAUUCGCAUUACAUUUUCCAAGUUUUUCGCGAUGGAAUCACUUUUUUGGGGUGCACGCAAAUUGAAAUGCCACCCUUGAUGGCCAUUGAGUUCCUUUGUAGGGUUGCUGAUGUUCUCAAUGAUUAUUUUGGGGCCUUAAACGAAGAUAUAAUUAAAGACAACUUUGUCAUUGUGUACGAGCUGUUGGAUGAGAUGAUAGACAAUGGCUUCCCCUUAACUACAGAACCUAGUAUCCUGCGAGAAAUUAUUAAUCCACCAAAUGUGGUUAACAAAGCUUUGAGUAUUGUGACUGGUAGCAAUUCAAAUGUGAGUGAUGCCCUUCCGAGGGCUACUGCAUCUUGUAUUCCCUGGAGAACAGCAGAGCCAAAGUACUCCAACAAUGAAGUAUAUGUAGACCUUGUCGAAGAAAUGGAUGCGAUUAUUAACAGGGAUGGAGGUUUGUUGAAAUGUGAGAUCUAUGGUGAAGUUCAAGUAAAUUCUCGUAUUUCAGGUUUUCCUGAUUUGACCCUUUCAUUUACAAAUCCUUCCAUCCUAGAUGAUGUCAGGUUCCAUCCGUGUGUUCGUUUUCGGCCUUGGGAGUCUCAUCAAAUUCUUUCUUUUGUGCCUCCUGAUGGACAAUUUAAGCUUAUGAGUUACAGAGUAAGAAAGUUGAAGAGCACACCAAUAUAUGUAAAGCCGCAGUUAAUAUCUGAUGGUGGGACAUGCCGUCUUAGUGUAAUGGUUGGAAUAAGAAAUGAUCCUGGAAAGACAAUCGACUCGGUUACUGUUCAGUUUCAGCUCCCUCCUUUCAUCUUGUCAGCUGAUCUCACUUCAAAUCAUGGAACAGUGACCAUCCUUGCUAAAAAGACAUGCAUAUGGUCCAUUGGUCGGAUUCCAAAAGAUAAAGCUCCUUCCAUGUCUGGAUUAUUGGUGAUUGAAAGUGGUUUGGAGCGGCUUCAUGUCUUCCCCUCAUUUCAAGUGGGGUUUAGGAUUAUGGGUGUCGCCCUCUCUGGUCUGCAAAUAGAUAAACUGGAUCUGAAGAAUGCUGCAGCAUACCGAUUUUACAAAGGUUUUAGAGCUCUUACUCGGGCAGGUCAAUUUGAUGUAAGAUCAUAAUUUAUGAUCUACCAUAAGUCAUUCUGUAUAACACUAGGUGGUUUCUUUUGUAAAGUAAGUACACAAUGUUUUGUUGUAGUCAUGAGUUAUUGAUCCUUACGUAUGCUUCUUUCCCAUUAUCAAGUGGCUGCAUUUCUUAUGUAGUUAGUAUCUCAAAACUUUAUUUAGACGUACAAAAUUUUCAUGCUCUUAA